AUGCUAAGGAUCCGCGAUGCCGUGGCCCCCGACCAGACCGUCAUGACGGUGGGGAGGCACAAGGGCGUCCCCUUUGUCGAAGUCCCCGAGAACUACGGAGCAUGGGCAUCGGAGGAAGAGCGCCAGAACGGGACGAACAUGCAUCCGGACUUGAAGCGCUUCGUCAACUGGCGCCGCCAGCGGCGGGAGCAGGAGACGACCAGCUAUGUCCGGGGCUACUACUACGACGACCCGGAGACCUCGGCGGUGGUACCGCCGCCUCCUAUGCCAACGGCAAGUUCAGGGACGAGCUCAACGGCAUGGUCCAUGGUGCAGGGGACUACGCGGAGCAAAGCCACGGCACCACACCUCGUGAUGCCGAAGAGGGGAGCUCGACGACCCGUGGAGGAGGAACCAGGAGCGGUCACCCACAUGAACCAGGAGAUCCCCGACGAGGACACAACCCGGGCGACCCUGAAGAUCAACGACACCGGCGACUUCGCCCACGUGAACCCCGAUCCCGUGCGUCCUGGAGAACAUGGUGACGGGACUGGGGGGACGCAUCACGAGCACCACGACGAGAAAUUCAGGGAAAAGACCGAUGGUUUCAUUAACUACCACCAGAACUGCCCGCAGGACUCCAACACAGAGGGCAUCGACUACGACGAGUCCGACAAGAACACUACGGGACAAGGUGAAUGUGAAGAAGGUGGUGGCUUCAUCAACUACAACCAGAACAACCCGCAGAACUUCAACACAGAGGACAUCGACUUCGACGAGUCUGGCAAGAACACCACUGGACAGGGUGAAUGCGAAGAAGGUGGUGGCUUCAUCAACUACAACCUAGACAACUCCCAGAACUCCGAAGCAGAGGACAUCGAGCACGGCGAGUUCGGCAAGAACACUACAGGACGAGUCAAAUGCGAUGAAGGUGGUGGGCAUCUUGACUAUAAUCCAGAAGUCACCCAGGACCACAAUACCGAGGGCACCGGAUGCAACAGCUACGAGUAUGAUGUGGACUCGGGUGAGGAGGAACUAGCCCACGCCAUGGUGGUGGACAACUUCCUCACUGGACACGCAAGGCACGACCCGAAGGACUGUGAGCAACGAGCACGGGAGGCCAUCGAGGGAGGCGACUACACCUAUAAGACCUUGGAGGAGGUCAUGGAGUUGAUCCCUACUUCAUCAAGAACAAAGAGACGCCAGAUGCACGGCACCGCCGAACCACGGACGAGGCACAUCUUCGGCUACUACGCCUACGGGAGCUUCGGAGGAAUAUGCCGGAGGACGUUCGAGUACCCGAACCUUGUGCGCUACUUGAACAAGUUUCUACAGGAACGAGUACAAGCCGACCUCCACCGAGACGGACAAUGGAAUGCGAUCAGUAUCCUCGAGAACGUCCCGGCCGCGGUCCACACAGACAACAACAACUACCCCAACACCGCGAACUACUCAACUUCUACCGGCGCAUAC